CAAGGUCCCGGAUGUCUGAUUGCCAUUUUGAAAAACAACCACCUGCAACACGAGGGGCGAGGGUGAAGAUAUCAAGCCAACCGAUUGAAAAAGAGGGUGCUCAUGAAACCAGGUGGUUGGUGAAGAUAGAAGAUAAUUUAUCCUAGAAUUUUAGGGCUAGAACAGAGAAUGACCAUGAUGAAGGCAGCAGUUGUGGUGAUAGCAGCUUUCUUCACUACAGUGAUAGCACAAGACAUGAAGCUGCCUCCAAGAUUUAUAGUACAGCCUAAUAGACAGUACUACUUUAAGACAGAUGAUGCCACUUUUACACAGGAAUUACCUUGUCGUGCUGAAGGAAUACCUGAGCCAUAUUAUGAGUGGAAGAAAAAUGGUGAGUCAUUGUCAGUUGGUACUAGAGGCUGGAAUUACAAAACAAACAGCGGCGGCACCAUCAGCAUCAACGGCCCCGAUUUCAAUGACGAGGGGUAUUACCAGUGCCUGGCCAGAAAUACUGACGGAAUGGUGGCAGUGUCCACAAUUGCUUUCUUCCAAAGAUCGAGGGCCGGUGCUUUUCCCUACAACCAGACUGUAGAGACUAAGGUGGUCCGAGAGGGCGAGAAUGUCACCAUGGUGUGUUCAGGAAAACCGCAAUUCCCCUAUGCGGCCCCCAAUCCCACCAUUCAGUGGGAACUAUACACGCCUGCCUCGGGGUCCGUGAAGGAAACUCAGGCCAUUCUGGCUGAUGAUAAGAGGAGACAGGUGGAUGAGAGUGGAGCUCUGAGGUUUGCGUUUGUUACCAGAGAUGACUCUCAACCCAAUCAACAGUACAGAUGUUCUGCGUACAACUCAUUUCUGAAAUUAUCCGUUUUUGGAAGUCCAAUUAAACUUUCUGUUGACACUAAUAAUCCCUUGACAGCCAAUGCCCCAAAGCUGAUGUACAAAACUGCACCAGCGCCCUCAUCAGGACCAUCUGUUGUCUUCUUAAAGGGACAGAACAGAACUCUGAGCUGUAUUUUUGCUGGAAAACCUGUCCCCACUGUUCGCUGGUACAAACUGGAUGCCAAUGGCAGGGAAAUGAAUCCAGAUGGCAUUGUAGACAAAACCCAAAAUCUGGCCAUUCAAGGUGUGACCUUUGACCACGAGGGCACUUAUCGCUGCACUGGGUCCAAUACGGGUGGUUCUCAGAGCGCCGAAAUUGAGGUUGUUGUGGAAGCUGCCCCCUUUUGGACAAAAACUGGGCUACCUAAGAACACCAAUGUAACAGCUGGGGAUGACUUCACCUUUGAAUGUGGCACAGAGGGGAUUCCAGCACCUGAAAAACCCAAGUUUUAUUCCAAUGGUGUGGAAUUAGAUCUCAGUCAGCCUAGGAUUGUGUAUGAUGUGCAGGAGCCGACCAAGUUUACUCUGAAGAACGUCAGCAAAGCUGAUCUACAGGUGUUCCAGUGCAACGUUAGCAACAAGCACGACUACCUCUACGCCAGCGUGUACCUGAAUGUUUUAUUGAGGACUCAGUUGCUGGUCGAUCCUGAACAAAAUAUUGUCUAUGAAACAGAAGAUAAGCCAACCAACGUUAGGUUCAACUGCUCGGCCAAGGGUGACCCGAUCACACCGCUGACCUUCACCUGGAUGUACAAGACAUUAGACACUGCAAAAUGGGUGCCUCUCCCUGCGGGAGGUCCAUACACCUUCAUCAUGGACGAUGACCAUGUGGUGGACCUGGACAUAAGCCUAGAGAAGGGGUCUGUCCAUGUGGAGUACAAAUGUGUGGUGGACAAUGGCUAUGUGCCAGUGGAGGUGCUUGCUUCCUUGAGGAAUAAGGAUGCAGCGGUUAUCGUCCAAACUGCAGAAUUUCCUUACUGGAUCAUAGCUGUCAUUUUGGCUAUCUUAGUCAUAAUUAUUGCUAUCAUCAUCAUCAUUUGCUUGAUCCAGCGCAAUAAGGGGGAGACGUAUCCAGUGGACGAGAAAGAGAGAGCAGCGGGUCGUGAUCCAGAGAAAGAGCUGGCCGACAGUGGCUUCUCUGACUACAAAAGGCCUGAUGCUGAGCCAGUGGCUGGCAGCAGGGCAUCGUUGACAGAUGUGGACAGAGACAGCAUCAAGCCUUUGGACAGUGAUAACGACAGCAUGGCAGAGUACGGAGACAUCGACACUGGGAAAUUUAACGAGGACGGCUCCUUCAUUGGCCAGUAUGGUACAGAUCGCAAGAAAGCACCCACCGGAUACCAGAAUGCUGCAAUGUCAGAGGUUUAGUUGGUCAGACAAGAGUCGAGGACUUGGACUCCUUGUCACACAUUGCCAAAACUUUUGUUUUUUAAACUAUUAGUUUAUAACUGUACCAAUAAUGAUAAGAACAUGUAGGUAUGCUGCUGUCACUUCUGGCACAUCUGAUGCGUUUGACACAAUGGGACGUCACAGCUAACGCAAUUUAGAAUGCUGCUGCUGCUUGCCACUGUUAGCCAGUGGAACUCACUUUGCAUUUGGCCAGAAAGAACUGUUUGCCUUGAUGAGAAGAUUUUAUAUGGUAAUGUCUAUGAAGUGUAUUGGAUUUUUUUUUAGCAGUUUGAAAGGUUGGAGCAAAUAGGGGAUAAUGUGCUUGUGCAAAUGGGACUGACUUUUUUUUUUUUUUUUUUUUUUUAGAAAAACAUGCUUGUCUGGUUGUAGUUAUGAUGUGAUGACUGCUCUUAGAAAUUAAUUUUAGACAUGUAUGUUAUGGGUGUACAAUAUUUCCCAAUAUUUGGAGCCAGGUUGAAGUGUGCUGAGUUGGGGAAGGAGGAGGGAGGAUCGAGUAAGUCACACUGGCUUGGGGUAGUAUGGUGCUGAUUGCAAUUCACCAAGUGGCAGAGGCAAGUCCUUGCCAGAAAAAAUUGUUCUGUAUUUGGUGGCUGAUGAUGAGACCCUACUCUCCUAACAGAGAACAACCCCCACCCCUCCCUGGUGUCUGGCUCUGACACUUGGGCACCUGCUUGUUUCUUAUAUUCAUUCCCAUAACUAUAUUAUCUGCAGUGCCAGAGGCCUGUAGUUAAAGAAAAUAAACAAUCCAUUUUUAUUAAUAUUGAUAAUGGUGAUUUUGUAUCACACAAGAAAAAAAAUAAUAAUUUUCUUCGUCAUAACUGUGCCUCUUUUUUUAAAAGUGAUUACUAGUUUUAGUAAUGGCCUUGAAAAGGUGAAUGUUCAUAUAUUGAAUUUUAAGGUAACCAAUUUUAUGUGUUGUAUUUUACACUUUAUGUGCCGUCAAGCAUGGGCACCAUUUACAAAAGAUGAUUUUAAAUGUACAAAAAAAUUAAUGUUGUGGUUUGUCACUAUGCCAGACUUCAUCGUAAUCGUCAAUGCUGCUGUUGUCAGUCAACAAGUUGCAGAGGUUUCUGGUUGUAUGUCCAAAAAGUUUUUUAAUAUAGUGCAAGUAAUUAUUAUGUACAAAAUCUGAAAUAUGUCAUAUUAUGGUAGUAUAUUACAGGGAGUGUAUAGAUUAGACAGCUGAUGAGCUUGUAUAUCAAAUAGUACUGCCUUGGAAACAUCAGAGAUAUUUUGGGUAUAUAAAAAUUCAUUUUCUGAAAAUUUAAAUAAAGUUGAACAUAUUUUGGCUCAUGAUGUAAACAUGGUGUUUGGUAAAUAUGGAAUUAAUAGAUUAGCUUUAUAUUUGGUCAUUUUAUGACAGCAUUUUUAGCAGUGCACUUUUUAAAGACAAUUAUUCGCAAAGGACAUUAUAGUAAUGCAUUGAGACACUGCACAGCCCUUUUUCAACUUGAAUGAAUUCAUUGAAUCGUGUCCCAGUGAAUAACAGUGAAUCCAGCAUCAGUCAUGUGACAGACAUGUGACUGGGUAGUUAACAGUUAGAAAGUCUCAUGAUAGUCAUGUGACUGUUAUUCCAGCUUCGUACAUGUUUGUUAGUGCUUGUAAAUAAAUAGGCUUUCUGUGUAUGUAUGUACGUAUGUAUGUAUUAUUAUAAUAAUUAUGAAGUGUUAUCCUAAGCAGUGUUAUACAUGUGAGUAUGAUUAGCAGGGUUUUUAGCAUUUGAUGAUCCCGAACAGCAACAGAAACAACUGGGCUCACAUCAUAGUGAUUUUUGUAUUAGCCAGACUUCAAGGGAAGAAAAAUGAACUCCCAAACUAUUUUUUCAAAAGAUUUGGUGCUUAAUUCUCUAAUGAAGUAGUUGAUUUUUUUUCUAAUUUUAAUGAAAUUAAGAUAAUUGCUGCCAAUGGCUAUAAUAAUUUAUUGGAUAGAAAUACAAAUGUGUAUUAUUGGGAAAUUUCACAGUUUUACACUUCUUGGUCCCAAAUAUGGUUUGGUUAAAAGUUUGUAGUUUAUCCACUGUGACAAAAACUGCUAUGCCGAUGUGAGCCCAGGAUAGUCACAGCAGGUUUGAAAGAUGUGGUUUAUGUUGUGUUGCCAUGGUUAUUGACAUGCCCCUCAUGUACAUAGUGUAUAUUUUUUCCGACCAUCGGUUGCCAUGUACAUGUAUGAAAGGUGUAACCAGGUGGACGCCCUAUAUUUUUGUAUGUCAUUUUUUGCUAAGUGCGAUGUUUAACAUGUAGCGCCCCAAAUUUGAGAGGGCCCAUUUUAUGUCUUCUGUAAUACAGAUAUGUGAAGGAGAAGUGCCGUGGACAUGACGUUGGGCACCCUAAAACUUGGGGUGUUAUGUGAUACAUUGUAUGGACAAAUCCAACCCGAAUAGGAGUCUCGGCCCAUGAGGCAGGAGGUUUGAAUGGAUCAAGUUAGUUGCGAUAGUAUAUAUGUAUAUGCAUCUUUACUGCCAUCUUUGCUUCUGUUGAAUGAAGUGAUUGAAUUAUUUUGCUAGAUUUUGAUCCAUUCCGAUUAGUUCUGUAGGGUUGCAAGCUUAUCUUUUUUAUUUUCAAAAAAUAUUUUAAAUUUUGAUUUUCUUUAUUGCUAUUAUUCUUAAAAUUAUUAUAUUAUAAAAUGUUGGCUAUCUAUUGCCAGAAAAUGUGUACAGUAGACAAAUGCAAUAUCUCUAUUUCUUUCAGCUUUUAUGUGAUUGUUCAUUGAUUGAAUUUUAUUUUCAUUGUGAAAAAAAAACUGCCAUUAGUAGUGCAUGCGCUUUUAGGUGAAUUCAAUAGUUCUUGCAGUAUGUGGUGAGAGUUUAAGAGUGGUUCAUUAGCCGUUUAAAGUUUUUAGGUUUUGCUGGAAGAAUGGUGAUGUAGGCUGGGAAGUUUAUAAUAAGAAAAGUACAGACAUGUUGGCUAGAAUGGCUAGCUUUGAAUUUUUUUACCUGAUGUCUUUUUAUCUUUACCUUAUAUGUAAUGGUAUCGGUCUUUCUUGCUCAGAAACAGACAAAAAGUAUACAUAAAUUCGCCAUUCCUAUCUCAAUAAAAUUGCCAGUCUCGGAAGUCACCAGAAAAUUGCCUUCGCCAACAUGCUGGGAAAUUUCCACUGACUUCCGACACUCGUGGUGCGCCCAGGCCUCGUUUCCAAUCAACUUUAAUUGACCUAAGUUAGCACGUGGUUUCUUGAUUCCUUGCGCUUUGGUUUGCUAACCACAAAGUCUUUUUACUGCAAGCAGUUUGUCUCUAAUCACCACCCCAUUGAGCGAAACACCGUAUGGGGCGUUCGAAUGGCUUCCUGCGGUUAGAAAUGGCAGUCACGUGGUCUGCCCAAAAGGUCAGUUGCUAACUUGGAAAAUAAGUUGAUUCGUGGACUAAAUGAUCCACAGAUCAAAUGUGGCCGACCCACUUAAAAGCGAGCCGCUUAAUCCCUUGAUGGCCUCCACACGUGCCAUCCCUGCAAGGGCCUGGCAAUUAAGCCAAGGUUUUAUCUGUUUAACGGCAUGGAUGUAGGUGGUGAGACCAUCAGGGGAUUAGGAACUUGCUUAUAAGGUCGGCCAUAGUAAAUCAGCAGAUAAGUAAGUCCGUGGAUGAUCUGUUGUGAAUGCACAUUUUGGUCACCCAAAAAGUGGGUCUUUAUACGUAUAGGUACAUUCCUUACUUCUGUACUUACAAUAUUUCAUUCCUACCGUCUCUUGAGACGGAUAUUUCAGGUAAAUUUAAACGGUUAACGUUAUGAAAUAAUAUUUCUUAUAUGAGGGUUAUAAAGUCACCUUUAUUGUAUGGGAAAUGAUAUUUGUAUAAAAGUUACAUUUUUGUAUUUUGAUGAAACAAGUUGAUGUUAAUAAGAUCAUUAAUGUGGAUAUAACCUGCUCAUUAUCUGUGUUGUGGUGACCUAUUUUCUCCAGGUCCGACUCAGAAUUUAGACUCACGUAUUUUAUUUAUAUCGGGUGUGAGUGACGUUAUUUUCUGGUUAACGGACGACAUUGGCAUGACAACGUAAUUAUGUCAGAAUUACUGUUUCCAAGGAAAUUUCCAUGUUGUAUUGCAUUAACUAGCUAAUUAUGUUAAUCAGGUAAUCAUUUAUGCUUAUUAGAUACAGAGAAAGAGUCGCCUAUACUGUGUCGUAAGAUUUUCUAUUAUUGGCAAGCAUUGUAGCAUUUAAUGGCAGUGCUUAUUUUUUGUGCAACAUUUUUUACUUCAUAAUUGCGCUUUUAUUUGUCAAUGAGUGAUCAUAGUCUGCUCGGAUAAUAAACGCUUAAAUUGUA